AUGUCUGCAAAGCUGAUCGACCAGCCUGGCUGGCCGACUGGAACCACAAUGUCGGGAACGAGGAUGGUCAGUCCCUUCAUGGCCGGUUUGAUGGCCAUUUCCGUAUCGGGGGAGAAAAUCACCUCGGACAAGCAGAAAGUCUAUUCGAUUCUUGACGGCAACACCAUCGGGUCAAUCAUUGACGGUUUCAAUCCGGGUACAGUCAAUAAAUUGGCCAAUAGCGGCAUACACGCCUACAAUCGGGGGGAUGGGCCUUACGCGGGCCCCCCCAUAGUCUCUCCGGAUUUCAACCCCCAGGGCGGUGACGACAUCCCAGGCGUACCAACGGGGCCACUACCAGCUUCCACUUACAACUUGGAACCAUUCCUCGUUAUCGUCGACCUCCCUACUCCAACGCCUACGGGUACUCCAACGCCUACGGUUCCGGCGGACUUCAAUUGCGAUUGCGGCGAAAGUGGGUGCUCGCUAGAUAGUAUGCCAUGCUGCGCGAAUGGGAGCUGUCAGUGUCAUUGUGGUGAAAGCGGCUGCCUGCGCGGAGGCUCUUCUAGAGUCGAAAACGGACACAGCGCGGGGUGCUCCUCGUCCAAAACUGUAACAACUAUUUGCGUUAUUUAG